AUGCACGAUCUCGUGACUUUCACCGCGUCUGACAACAGGGGGAUCGCAGAGCUACUGAAUGGCAAAGAGUUCAAGGGCCGGGCCGUCAUAGCGGACGACAGGAACGCGGACAGGCCACUCAAAGACGGUGGAAGCUUCUCCAUGCCCAUGUCGCCGUCCAGCUACAUGACAAGCCCUGGCGCCUCGUUUUCACACGGCGCCAUGAUGCCGAGCUGCGAUGUCCUCACGGCGGCCUACCCGCAGCCGAGCGUGCCGACGACGACGUACGGCUACUACGGCUCGGGCGUGGAAGCUCAGCAACCCUUCUACGGCUAUCAGGCCGCACCGGAUCGACAGCCAGCGUUGUACAACCAGUCGGCCUCGUACGCGGUGCAACCGAUUCAGCCCUACAGCGAAUACUACCCGCCGCCGCCACCUCCUCCACCGCACAGCAUGGCAGUCCUCACCAACCAGAUGGCCGACAUGACAAUGGGCGGGGCCGCGGCAACGAGCGGCGGCGUCGUCUUCACCGAGCAGCGCGGCAUCCACAUACGCGAGCUUUCGCGCCGCGCCUCGGAGGAGCAGGUCCGCAGGAUGAUUUGCGAGGCGGCAGGCCGCGAGGCGUCUAUGAUCAACCUCGUGGAGGUGCCGCUCGACAAGGAGGGCAGCCCGCGCGGCUACGCCCUCGCGCACUUCCGCAGCGCGGACCUCGCCCGGAGGAUGGUGGUCAGGCUGCACGGGGUCGACUUCAAGGGGAGGAAGCUGCAGGUGCGGCUGCUGAAGGAGGGCGAGGCCGUCGGGGUCGGCGGCUGCGGCGCCGUCGCCACCCCGCCGACGAGGGGCCACGGCCAUGGGCACCGGAGCGGCAGGCACCACAGCUCCAGCGUCAGGAGGGACGAGGGGAGGAGGUCCGAUCGCAGGGACAGAGAGAGGGAGAGGGGGCCCGACAGGGGCGACAAGAAGGCCUCUUCCUCCUCCUCGACUUUGUCCUCUGCGAGCAAGGGGAUGCCGCUCGUGGUGGGCGGGGGCUUCUCGGGCGCGGAGGCCUCCUCCCUCUGCUCGUCGCCGUCACCAUCGUCCAAGGGCAAGGACAAGGACAAGGGCAAGGAGAAGCACGGCGGCAAGAAGUCUGCUGUCGUCAUCGCGGAUGGGAGCUCUCGCCGCGCCGACAAGAACUGA